GCCCCCAGGGUGGGCCUCAUACUCCCAUGUUGGACCCCUCCCUCGACGAGGCUCUGGACAGCCUUCUGGCCAUGAGUUUCCCAAAGGACAUGCCGAGCGAGAUGGACGACCGCUGCCAGAGCGGAUUGGUCUGCGAGGUGCAGGAGGACCCCAUCCUGCCCAUGGACAGGCACAGCAUGCAGCCCGACAUGUUCGCCGGCAGCACCACCACCACCACGGACGGCUCGCUGUACGGGGGCAUGGAUGGCCACGGGGACCUGGAGUGGGCCGACGAGGAGCUGUCCGUGUCCCUCAACGACGGUCUGGACGGCACCAUCACGCCGUACACCGAGAGGCCCUACACCGACGGCAGCAUGACCCCGCUGACGGAGGCCAGCUGGAUGGACGAGUCCAUGACGCCUUCCUCGUGCCCCGGCACUCCCGACGUGGCCUUGGACCUUCCUCUGAUGCAGCCCGCCACUAUGGAUCGCGUUUCCGCCUCAGGACAUCUCAAGUCAGUCAUAAAGCGCACCAAAGAGACGCCCAACGUGCACCCCAUGCUCAGAGACGGCCUCCUGCGGAGGAAAGUGGGGCCGGUCAUCGUCAACAAGAGCAACUCCCAGGACCGCCUGAUCGAGGAGCUGCAGGGUAAGCUAGGCAUUGGCCGCGCUGAGCGCCGCCGCAAGCAGCAGGACGACUGGCUCACAGAGGGCGUCAUCGUCAUGUCCAAACCGCAGCGGUUACGGAUGGACGGGGCGGCCGCAGAGGUGGAAAAGGUUGGCCUCAUGCUUUUCAGGAAAAAAAAGAAAAGAUGAACGAAAUCUGUCCACAUUAGGUGAUAGACCUUCUCAUGUGAUCUCUUUCCACACUUUUCCUUUCUUUUCUGUUUCCCGUUUCCUUCCUUCCUUCACUCAGAUAAUAAUUGCUCGAGAUUUGCUCAUCCCACAAAGGAAAGCGUUCCCGCCUACGUCCCCCCCCUGCCCCUCGCCGCACCCCCACCGUGGAAGAACCCAAGAGGCU